UGUGACUUGACGCUGAAGGAAGCUGGUCACCAUUAUGUCAACUUCAAAAAUACCGACAGUAGCCAGAAGCUUCUAACUGCCUAACAGCAAUUAUAUAACGAAAAUGUUUAUUUCUCGUUAUCGCGUCGACUGCCUGAUACGUUUUGACUGAGUUUAGCGGGCUAAAAUUAGCUCCUCAGCUAGCAUGAACUCACAGCUUUGUUUACAUCCAGUCCUGAUGAUGGGCCCGGAGAGGUGUGUUAGCUAACCCAGCUACCCGACUUGUUUGAGGGGAAAGUGUCUCUCUGCCGCCCGCGCUGUCAAGACCGGGGUCGUCCAUCAGAAGCAUCAGAACGGCUGCCGCCUCAGUGUGAUGGAAGUGUCCCCUCAGGAUCCAUCCCUCAUGGCUAUGGACCUGUCCAAGGGCUACUCCGUCAACCCCCUGACCUGUAGCCACCCUGAAGCCACGGACGUGGCAAAGAAGCCCGAGUGGUACCACAGACUCCCACCGAGCUGCAGCACCGAGAUCAGCUCCCCGUACAGAUCUAGAGCCUCGUCCUCCUUCAACUCUCAGCUGCAUCCUGAGCUGGGAGCGCCAGCCCUCUGCAGAGACAUGGAGCAGGGCCCCCACCCGUUAGGUAACUACAUGAAUUCAACACUAGCUCCCGGUUUGGAUCUGUACCAUGACGGAGUUCAUGGCAACCUGUGGCAUCCGGGAUUCUACGGCCCCGACCCGACCGGCGACCCGGUCCCCGAAAGCAGCGGAGGAGAGGAGAGUGACAGCGGCUCUGAUGUUAUUUUCCUCCUGUCCUCCACUAAGGAGCCGCUCUUGUGCGGUUCGUUCAUCCAAGACAGUGUGAGGCACAUAGUGGAGCCCCUGUCCCCAGCUGUGUCCUCACCGGACGAAGGGAGAGGUUGCUAUCACCUACCUCGGCCUCUGAGCUCACCCAGUCCUGACAGCUCGUACUCAGAAGACUCCUCGGACAGCUCCGUGGACAUUCCCGUACAUCACACCAGGCCCAUAGUGCUCCUGUCAGACCUAAGUGCUGUUUACGGCAACCCUCCCGAAUCUCCGGUAGAUGUUUCAAGAGAUGACAGCGACGUUAUUGAAGUUUCGGUCACUAACAAAAAGAAGAAAAGCAGCGCCUUUUCUUGUAAGAAAGGUGUUUCCUGUAGGAAGAGAUUGGUGAGAAAAACUCCUCCUCAGAGCGAGGAUGAGAAAGCUUCACACAGAGUUCGACGUAGUACAAGAAUCCGAAAAUCAGUGUCCGAAAUUCCUCAAUAUACCUGCAGUGUGUCUCGGCACAGUUUGAGGAGACAAGCCAAAAUGGACGCAGUGGGCAUUUAUAACGAAAGUUGCGAUUCUGACGAGAUGAUGGAGUAUGCGGUGAGGUUGUUCAGCUCAGAUGCAAACGAGUUGGCCUCCAAGCCAAACGAGUCACAAAGAGCGAGCAGUAAUUCAGAGGAGUCUGAUGUGGACCGGUGGACGGACAGUAAGUCCCCUCAGAGAAAGUCCCAGCCUCCCCGCAAAGUGUUCCACGCGAAAAGUGCCAAUCAUAAACUGAAGAAGCCCCGCGCCCUUCGUCAAACAAAAAAGUUGGGAAAUAAACCGAAACAGAACUGCAGAAUCGCAACGGAGCAGCAUGAAAAGAAAAGAAACAAAACAUCGGUUGCAACACGGAAGAAGAGAGCGCGCCCACAGACCGGCCCUUCUGCCCUGUUUUCUCCAAGAGAGCCAGAAAUCAAGCUUAAAUAUGCAAACAACAAACAGGAAAAAAAGAACAAGAAACUGGGAAAUUUUAGCCCUUUUAUUCACUUGAAGAAGAGGAUGUGCACUGUUGUUAACUAUCAGGAGGAGGAGGCUAAAGUAAGGAGCAGCCGAGCACGGCAGCAGACAGCCACCAGAUCUCGGUCUGGCUUUGUUCCUAGGACUUCCUGUUUCCAGCUGGGUCGGUCCAGCUCUCAAAGCAGGUGUCAGGCCACGCUGUUGUGCUGCCUGUGCGGUCAGACGGCCAACGCCAUGGGCCUCGGGGACCUGCACGGCCCGUAUUACUCCAGCAGCCCAUCUCUGGGCCGUGGGAGCGAGCAGAAAGAGGACGAAUAUUUGCUCGUCAGUAGACGUUCAGUAAAUGCCUCCGAUGAUGGUUUCUAUGGUUACGACUGCUCUACUUUGCUCGAGAGCGACGACCACUCUAUCCCAAAGGUGCCUUUUCAUCUAGAUGAGGGCUGGAUCCAUGAGGACUGCGGGAUCUGGUCCGCCGGCGUCUUCCUGGUCAGAGGGAAGCUGUACGGGUUAGAGGAGGCGGCGAGGCUCGCACAGGAAACAAUAUGUUCAGCAUGUCAACAAACAGGUGCAAUAAUGGGAUGUUUCCAGAAGGGCUGUCCCAGAAAUUACCACUACAGUUGUGCCAUUCAGUCAGGCUGUGUCCUAAAAGAGGACAACUUCUCAAUUAGAUGUCCAGAGCACAAGAACAUUCUGGUCACAAGCGUGAGAAGACAACACAAGAGAUGACACGGGAAAAAUUGAUGGGCACUUGAGAAUGAGCCACAGAUUUCCUCAGGGUGCGGCGCGAUCUGCCUGAUUUCACUUCUCGUUUUAUAACAUGAGGUAAUGUUUGAGCAGAAGGGGAACCUUCUGGUAAGAUUCCACUCGACAUCAAAGACAGAUCUAUCAGGGGCCACGUUGGGAUUUUAUCUUUGUCACAUGGACAUGGUGCGUGUGUGUGCGUGUACGUGUGAAUAUUUAUUCUUCUUCUUAAAGGUCCAGUCUUGGACCAGCCAUGUCACAAACACAAUUUUAUUAUUUUAACAUAAUAAUUAUACGAGUUUAAAUGAGCUUUAUUGAUUUGUUGUAUAUAAAAUGAUAUCUUUAUAUAAGGCCACACCUAUUCUUUCUACAGUUUUGUACUACUUUUUGUUACUGUUAGUGCUUCAGUAAUUGAGGAAAUUAGUUAUUUUAAAA